AAAAUAAAAAAAAAAAAUUGCAAAUAUUUUUCACUAUUGGUUAAGAUCAGUUGUUGCAAGAAUAGUUAGGGAAGGUAUGCUACGAUAUAGCAUUUGUUCUUCUAGAAGUCGUUGGGGAAUUACUAUAGCGAAUAGUUUGCAAAGUCAAAGAUCGUUAUUUGUUGUUAGUUCUGAGAAGAGAAAUACUGCUAAGAAAGCUACAAAAUAUAAGAAACCAAAUGUAUAUCAAAUAUUAGAUGACCAUACAGAUAGAAUACGGAAAGAGGAUGAUGUAUUAUAUAAAAAGAGAUUAGCAGAGCUUAGACUGUUGACUAGAUCAUUAUCAUCAGGCAUACGGAAAGAAAUGGAGUCAAAAAAGGAAAUGGAAAAGCUCGAUAAUAUACCUUUACCAUCUGAAAUUCAAAGGGAAUCAACCAAUUUAUAUAAUAAGAUAGAUCCAGAAUCGUCAAAGGCUAUAUCAAGUCAUUUAUUAAUAGUUCCUUCGACAAAAAUCCCCGAUGAAAUAGCGGAAAGGUUAGGAUUAGCAUUAAAGUACUUGGUCAAUGGUAAAAAUCAAAACUGGAGACUUGUGUUACAAGAGUUAAGUAAUGGAGAUGGUUUCAAAGACUUAAAGAGGGGCAUUAUAACUAAAUUUAUAGCAAGUAUACCCCAAAAAGAUUUGGCAUAUUUAAUUCCUGAAAUUGAAAAUCUUUUACUUCAAGCUAAGGUUAAGCCGCAUCCUGCUAUGAUUCAUAUUUUUAUGAAAAGUAUAGUUCAUGGAACAGAUUUGAAGGAUAGUUCUAUACUUGAAGCCUAUUGUGAACUUCUUAAAGAGUUUGGACCAUUAUCAAGCCAUACUUUUGAACUUAUGAUUACCGCUUAUGGUAAGUGUAACCAAAUGAAAGAGAUUAAUAAAACUCUUGCAGAGAUGAAGAAAGUCGGUUUACUUCCAAAUAAGAAAAUCUUAUCAAAUCUUUUAGCCACAUGUGUAUAUAAGGCAAACAAUCACAAUCAAGCAGUUCAAAUCUUCGAUUCUAUGAAGUUCUUUUCAGAAACUACUAAGCCUGGUACUAAGGAAUACCUGGAUAUUAUUGUAUCAUAUGUGAAUAAUGAUGCCAUAGAGAAAGCGUUAGACUUAUAUCAAGAAAUGAUAAAAGAAGGCAUUGAAGUUAACCAAAAUAUUAUGGUUGCUCUCUCUAAAGGAUGUGCUUCUAGAGAACUAUUCCGUUAUAAAGCAUGGGAUUUCAUGUUUGAAAUCCAAAAGCAUGGUUGGAAACCAACAUUACAAACUUACGAAUACAUUCUUUAUUUGUCAUCUAAAGAUGGAGAUUUGACAUUUUCACGAGCAUUAUAUUCCAAGCUCGCAGAGUUAGGAAGUACUACAGCUAGAUCAUUUUCAUUCUUACUUUUGGCUUAUUCAAAAGUAUCAUUGGCAAGCUCAUCUGGCUAUCGUCCACCAUUGAUCACAUUUAACGAACAAGGGAGAAUAUUCAGACGUAAUUUUCUUUCCGAAUCUACAGUGUUAGAUUCCAAAGUGCUACCAUUCUUACCCAUUGAAGAGUUAACUUCAAAAGAACAAGUUUUGGCCGAAUCAUCAGCAAUGUGGGGUUAUGCCAUAUUGCAAACCCCAACCUUUAUUAAUGAGAAAAGUACCACCACAUAUUUGAAUAUAGCUGCUGAAGUAGGGAACCUUGAAGAUUUUAAAGAUAGGUAUAAUGUUUCUACGUACCUCAAUGAAGAGGGAAUGACGAAGACAAGAACCAUUGAAGUAGAGGAAGACGAAACCGAAAUCCGUGAAGAAUCCUGUGAGCCUGAAUUAAAGAAGACAUUAAUAAAGUCACCAUUGCUACAAGAAUUGGAAAACAGAAAUUCCAUACCGAAGGUUGCUAGAGUAUCAUUGACAUAUGAUGUCGCUCUUAAAGCAGCUGCCAAGUUCAAAGAUUAUACAUUCGCUCAUCAGAUAUGGACAGAACGUGGAAGUUUCCGUAAAACCAAAAAUUUCAGAGAUUUACCACGUAGUGAAAGAGACAAGUUGGAUUUUCAAUUUGCAGCUUCAAUGGUUCUUGCAUUGACUAGAAUGAAUUUAUUGCUGGAUGCAUUAGCUAUUGUCUUAAGUACCGAAUACCAAUUCAGAUGGAGUUGGAAAGAAUUGAAACAUUUAAAUUUGGCGGCUAUUGAGCUUGGUGAAGAAACCAUGGUUAAGACUAUUAGGGGAAUUGUAAACAGAGCUCAAAUAAAGUUUGAGGGUAAAUUAAGAAGAAAAGAUUAUAAAAAAUAUGUUCUUCAAAGAGGAUAUUAAUAGAUUAACGUUUGUACAUAAAUAAUGAUAGUUAAUACUUGUAUAUACAU